CUUAGAACAAAACACUGUCUUGUAAGGAAGGCCAAAGAACAAAAUAGAAUCCGACUCGUUUGGACAAAGAACAUCCGGAGUAACAACCACAACAUCAACGACACAAAACACGAGAGUCACAGAGUCAACAAAGUUGGCAAAGAACUUUUUUGUUUUUGCAGCGGACAAACAAUGCCAAGUGAUGCUGAUGCUCGUGCCAUGUGGAAAGUGAAGCUGCAACAUAAAUGGCUUAUUCUGAUGUGGCUGUGGCUGUGGCAAGUUUUCGUAACACCAUGCGCUGCUGCUGCAGAAGAUGUGCAUUUUAGGGAAUUCAUAAACGAUGUUGAACAUUUGGUCAUGUCCACCGAAGAUGAAGCUCUGCGAGCAACCAUUACCAUCUAUCAGCAUUUGGCGAAUGGGGCUAUGACACCUGAACUGAAACGGGCAAUGCAACCACUUAUGGCCAAUUAUGUGGAAAUGGUGGAACAUGUGUUGGCCAACACCACAGCCUCGAACACGAGUUACAGCGACAAACGCAAGCUACUUCGACACUUUCGCAUCAACAAUUGGAAAUUGGAACAAUUACGCCAGCGUUUAGCUCCCGACAGCAAGAAAUUCCAAUUUGAAGUCAUUUCGCCGGAAUUCUACUACAACGGCAGGAAUACAACUCAAUUUGAUAGUAUUUAUUUGAGAUUUAUGCAAGAAUUCCAGCGGGCAUCGCAGCGGCUCUGGGAUAAUCUGUCGGAAGAUGUUGUCGAACGGCAGGAGGAAAUGUUGGAGUUGCUCGAUGAAAUUUCGAAUGAGAAAAAUUUGACCGAAAAGGAUAAGCUAUACGAUGAGUUUAUUGAAAUGUUUUUAUUUAAAAGUCCAAAAGAUUUGGUGGAAACCAGAGAAUUGGAAUAA